UCAACGUCUCCAAAGCAAGCAUCCGUCGGGCUAUUCAUACAGUGCGGAGGGCAUUAAUGGAAAACUUUGUUCCCCAGAACCUUGGUUUUCAACACAUAUCAAGAGAAAGUGUUAUUCAACAUCAUACACGACCAUUAGCUGAAUCAUUGUUUGGUGGAACCGGAAGUCAAGCCCUACUAGUGCUGGAUGGUACCUAUAUAUACAUUCAAAAGAGCUCCAACUUCACUUUCCAAAGAAAAUCCUACAGUUUGCAUAAAGGCCGACCACUCGUAAAGCCGAUGGUGAUUGUAUCUACAAGCGGUUAUUACAUCUCUGUAAUUGGACCCUAUCUCGCAAGAAACAACGAUGCAGCCAUCCUUCAGCACAUCAUGAAAUCAAACAGGGAGGAUGUAUUGAAGUGGGUUGAGGAAGACGAUAUCUUCAUUAUUGAUAGGGGUUUCAGGGAUUCUGUUGCAUACCUGGAAGAACUUGGCAUUCAGGCUAUCAUGCCAGCUUUCAUGAAAAAGGGGGAGAAGCAGAUGUCUACUCCAGAUGCAAAUACAAGUCGACUUGUAACAAAGAUUCGAUGGGUUGUUGAAUCGGCAAACGCUAGAAUAAAACGAUGGAAACUGCUUGACUGUAUUCUACCCACUAGCCAAAUACCAUUUAUUGGUGACUACGUCAAAAUUGUUUGUAGCAUAUCAAACAAAUACUACCCACCACUUUCUUCGGGUGACAGAGAUGCCGAUAUGGCUGUUGCAGCCAAAAUGCAGUUCCUUGCGAAACAAGUGAACCACCUUAAGGAGGAAGUCGAAGCCAGGAAACUGCACUCACGAGUAGCCAUGUGGAGAAAUCCUGAAGAUCUCGAUUCCUUGGGCUUCCCUCAUUUGGAUGAGGAUGAUAUUCGCAACAUAACGUGUGGAGUGUAUCAGCUUAAACUUGCUAGCAGUUAUGCGGCGGAACAUUUUCAAGAUGGAAGCAAUAUCUUGAUACACAAAGAGGACCCGAAUCUGCUGAGAAUCAAAAUUCAGAGUAGACAUGUCUCUGCGAAAUCAUAUCUGCUUUGGAUUCGUUUUGAUGAAUCAAGUAUAACGGGUUGGUACUGUCAGUGCAAAGCUGGGGCCCGAGUGGUAGGGGUUUGUGCGCACGUCGCGGCAGUUAUUUGGUAUAUAGGACUCCGUAACUACAAAGGAUCGUUUAAAUCUGUCCAAGACUGGGGAAGAUUCGUUGAUGACGCUUCAGUUUUGCCGGAACCAGUAGACGAGUCUGAGUCAGACGAAGAUCUAGUUGAAGAGUAAAUUAAACGGAAGUUGUCAAAUGAAAUCACUGAUAUGUAUCAAUUGA